AUGUACAAUAUUCGCGACAUUUCCAAGGGGCUAGCAAAAGAGGAACGGAGGGGACAUUUCAUCAAAAACAAUGCAAGUCAGAUCACGUGUGCGUUACAUGAAUCCGCUAUACCAGUGGUAUGCUCCGUUCACAGGUUAGUUUAUAGGAGCUGCAAGAUGAAUGCGCCAUACGUGGAUGCCCACUGUCAUUUAGUGAUGAGUGAGGAUGGUUUUGGAGAAAACGCGCAUCCCUACGCUUGCGUUGACAGCACAAGAUGUGUAAUGUCGACCAAUGCGAACGAUUGGGAGAAGCUGCGAAAGAUAGAAGCCACAGAUAUCGUACGAUCUUUUGGAGUUCAUCCCUGGUACUGCCACUUGUUCAGUAUCGGGAGAGAGAGUGUGUCGAAACGGGAACACUACGAAUCUGUACUCGAAUGUAAGGAGCGGCAGGAGCAGCUUGCAAUUAUAGAAAGGCUUCCUGAUCCCAUCCCGCUCGAGAAAUACAUCCAGGAAGAAUACGACGAUGAGUUGGUGGGGGUGAUUGGUGAGAUCGGACUCGACAAGCUGUUCCGCUUGCCUGAAAACGGUUAUUUCGUGCAUGCGAAAGAGCCGUUUCGGCUGACACGAGUGCGAGUAAAGUUGGCGCAUCAGAUCGCUGUGUUUGAGAGGUUCUGCCAAUUAGCAGCUCAAUUCGACAAACCGGUGUCCGUGCACGAUGUAAAGUGUCAUGGUAAACUCUUUGAAAUCUGUACAGAGAUUCUUCUACCUCAUGAAGGUGUAAACGUUUGUCUGCAUUCGUUCACCGGAUCCAAAGAGAUUAUAUCGCAACAAUGGAUCAGGUACUUCACAGAGCCCCGCAUUUUCCUCAGUCUCUCGAAAUACAUCAAUUUCAAAUCGUCGGAGGACGGACGUGCGUUGGCUGUUUUUGUACCAAAUCGCUGCUUACUCACAGAAACAGACCUCCCUAUCGACGCCGUUAAGCCCGAUGAGCUGACGAACGCAUUGAGUUAUGUCUGCGAAGAGCUAACAGAAGCCCUGCAACUGGGAGGACUUGAGGCAACCAAACAGUUAAUACAUACGAACUUUAAAAGAUAUUUAAACCGUUAG